GUAACAUUUUGUUACAAUGUCAGGUAACUUAGUCUAUAGCGCUAAAAGCAUUAGCGUAGAAUGCAAAAAAUUUGCACCUAAUGUAUUCAACAAGAAUAAAUGUAGCAGCUGUUUCAAACAAAUGGAGGAACACAGUAUUGCAGCUCUUGAAAGUAAUAGGGCUAUAAGAAAAAUUUUCAAAUGUGGAUACUUAUUUGUAGCACCAGGAUGGGACUUUUCAAAUCCACUUAACCGUACUAAAAGAUGGCAACGACGAUGGUUUGUGCUGUAUAAUGAUGGUGAAUUAACUUACUCUGUAGAUGAACACCCAGAAACAGUGCCACAAGCAAGAAUUGAUAUGGCUCGAGUUUUAGAUGUAACGACAGCGGAAGACGUUACUGGACAUCCAAACAGUCUUGCCAUUACGUCACAGGAACAUGUAACAUUCAUCAAAGGUACUUGUCUUGAAGAAACACGUUGGUGGGCCGAUAUCCUCCAAGUUUUCAUAAGAAAUAAGAUUCGGCAUAAACGAAAUACUACAUUUCCCGGCGGACAAGCUAAAUUAAUUCAAAUCAAACCAAUGGUGCGAAGUAAUACACCUAAUCCAUUGAAAUCACGAUACCAAAAUUGUAAAUCAGAAUCUCGAACUCCCAACAGUCCGUGGAUGCUGGAAACAACCAAUAAAUUAUGCAGUCCAACGUUUUCAAUAGUCAAUAAUUCUAAUGUUCUUACAAAAAAAAAUAGUUUAAAAUUUCCUAUCGUAAAUCCUGGAAAAGGUGUUGGGAAUAAUCUACAACUAUACUUAACAUCGUCAUCUUCUGCAACACCAAAAUCCACUAGUAAUAUUACACAUCCAAAUCAAUCUGCAGUAAUGUCAAAUGUAUCAAAGUCAAUAAUUCCAUUAACUACAACUGUGAAAACAAUUAAUGCCGCAGAAAUUAUGAACGAGACCUUGCAAAAAUCAUGUCUUGGAAAGUCUAACGUUACCAUUAACUCAGAAAAACCAUCUAUUAGCAAGAAAUUAAAUACUAUUGUUAGUGAUAAAUCAUUUAAAGAUCAAUUAACCAAGAAUAUUUUAUCUUCGUCAAAGUAUAAACUCAGGAUUGAAGACAAAAGCCAUAGAAAAAUUAUGAAUCAACAUCAACAGCAACAGAGACCUCAAAAAUCUCAAGACACUAACAUUGCAACUAGUAUAAAUGAAAAAUUGAAUGACGAUGCAUGCAGUGGAACUUGUUUAAAACGUGAGAAAGAAACCGUAGAUAAACUGCUUUAUAUCAUGAAUACGCUAACGUUACCGAAAGUUUCCAAUUCAGCAAAAAAUGUAGAAGCUACAACUAUUGCACAUGAAGAGAAACUUAUACGAGGAGAUCCUGAUGGGUGCGGUCUGGAUAUUUAUGAUAUCAGAUAUACUCCAACAUCUGAAUUAAGAAUAGAUCUUCCUAUACAAAACUUAAUAAAUGCCAAAAAGGGAUGGUUAAUGAAACAAAAUUUAAAUAUGGAGUGGAAUAAGCAUUGGUUUGUUUUACUUGGAUGUAAGCUAGUGUAUUAUCAAGAUCCAGGUGCAGAAGAAAAAGGUAUAAUGGAUGGAUUUAUUAACUUGAACACUGUAACAGCUGUUAAUUCCAUACAAGUUACCAGAAAUUACGGUUUUCAAGCAAUAACGUGGAAUAAACAACAUUCUAUGAUCCUCUCUGCAGUUACAGCUGGUAUAAGAUCCAGUUGGAUAUCAGCUAUCAGAAGAGCUGCCAACUUACCAAUUUUGGAAAACAAUUAUAAGCCAUACUCUUUAUGUAAAAUAAGGAAACAGGAUGUUAAUAAUCAAUCUUCUGUAGUAGUUGCUAUUGAACGAGAAAAAGAAGGUGCGAUUACUUCGGAAUCCAUAACGUCACGUUCCAUUUUGUUUUCAUCAGAUGAAGAACAUCGAACGGCAUCAGAAGGUGGGCGUCGAGAAUCUGAUGACUGGUCUAGAAUACUAGUCUCGCCACCUAUUACACAAAACUGUAAAAGGAUAAUGAGCGCAAAGCUAUCAACCUGGCCAGAAUUUAAAAAACAAGAAUGGUCUGAGUUACCACCCUCACCACCUCUUACUAGAACAGCUCUUUCUAAAGUAAAAAGAAGAUCACACUCUGGUUCACGUUCUAGAGUUUAUAAACGAAAUGCCCCUCCUAAUUCACACCACCGUACGUUCGAUAGCGUUAAAGCAGAGGAUCUAUUAAUAGCUUGCUAUAAACUCAGUGAAACUGAACAAAGUAAUAGUUACAAAUCUGUUAAUGCGUGCCUUUCUAAAAUUAAUGAUAAUCCAUUGGUUAUUGAUUUACUAGAAAAUAAAGUUACAAUGCUCAAAGAUCAGAUAAUUAGCAAUGGAACUUCAUUAAAAUUUUUGUUAGUUAUUGUUCAGCGCCAGGAAAAUGAAAUAGAAGAUUUAAAGUUACAGUUGAAUACGGUACGUAAAGAACUUCUUCAUGCUGAAAAUAAAAUCUGUAAGCUCAGGCAGCAUAAAACUGAGACAUUAUUCAGAGAAAAACAGAUUAAUGAAUUAUUAAGGGCGAUACAAACGGUUGAACAACAGAAGAAGAAGUAUAUGGAUGAUCUUGAUAAAAUGAAAAAACUUUAUAAUCAUGACAAAAAACUUAUAGAAUGCAAGUUUUUUGAAAAUGAAAAAAUACUACAAGAAACCACUCAGAGAUGUCAAAUCCUUACAAAUGAACUCUCCUCUAGUCAUGUAACUCAAGAGCAGUUACAAAUAGAAGCUACAGCUCUCAGUGAUAGAUUAGCACAAGGUAUUGAAGAAAAUGAGCGACUUUAUAUCCGAGUUAGGGAAUUAGAAGGUAAAAAUUGUUUUUCAUCAUCAAGAGAACGAGGAAGAAGUUUUGAUUCGCUCAGUGAUUUAACUCACAUUGAUUUAGAUAUUAAUCUAAAUGCAUUAGACAAAGAACGUUUAAUGGACGAGUAUGAAGAGUUGAGAAGUCGUUUCGAAAAGGCAAUUUUAGAAAUACGUGCCAUGCGAAAAGAAUUACGAGAAGCACAUGCCUUGCAAGAUGCUUUUGAACUUCAAACUUUUGUUUAUAGGCAAGAAGCUAAUCGUAGUAAUGAAUCAAAUCAGGCUCAAAUUCACCUAAUGGCUGCAAGAAUACAAGACUUAACAAAUAAACUUACUACUAAUGAAAAACAUAUGCGUACUUUAAAACAAAAAUUAAGUAGAGUAGAAACUCGGGAUAAACGAAAGUCGCUUUCUUUAAAAGAAAGAGAAUCAUUACAAAUUGCAAAUGAAGUUGAAGAUAAAUUAUUAAACUUUGAACAAAAAAUACGUACAAUUGAAAAAACUAAAUCUACAGUUAAACUUAGAAAUUAUUCCAAAAAAUUUAAUUAUAAUAUUACUAAAGAACUUAGAAGAAAAAAUAAAAAUUUGGAUAUAAAUAUAUUACGUAAAAAAUCAUUAGAUAGUGUAACGUAUUCUCAACCUAUGAAAGUGUUUAUUAAGUUGAGUACACUAAAAUCAAAAAUUUUUAAUAUUACAGAGAGUAUAUUUGGUGAAAUAGAAAAGAUUUUCAAUAAAUGUAAUGAAAUUAGUCUAUUUAAUACAAAUUCAAGACUAAGAAAACUUGAACGAGCUGUAGCUAAAUCAAAGAAACAAUUAGAAAAAUAUUUAAGAUCAAGACAAGUAGAUGAUCAUGCAGAGAAGUGUUCACAAACAAUAAAUGAAAUUAUCAAUUUUUGUACAGAAUACAAACAAAUUCAAAAUAAAUCCCGAAUCACAAACUCAAUAAAUGAAGUAGUAUUUAAAUUAGAAUAUGUUUUUAGAAAGAUAAUUUGUGAAGUAAUGAAAAAACAUCGAAAACUCACUCAAAUUGAUAAAUUGAAUGAUAAAGAAAAAAUAAAAUUAAUUGCAGAAAAAGUAGCCUUUGAAUUUAUUAUAUUAAAGAAAAUUCAGGAUGUAAUACAAGAAACAGAUAGAAAUACAGUGUUGAAUGGAUUGAUCGAAACUAGUCAACUUAUUUUAAACUUAAAAUUUAAGGUUAAUAAAACUAAGUCUAAAAUAUACCAAAAUACAAUUUAUAUUCAAUAUCUUACUAAAAUUUUAGUUAAUAAAUUAGUAUCUAAAGAUAAUCUCCCAAAAAUUAUCGAAAAUUCCAUAGAAAUUUCAUCAGUGCAAAUUAAGGAUUUACAUUUUUUGUUUCAAAAACACAAAGAAAUCAAUGGAAUUUUUAUAACUUAUACAACUGAAAAAUUAAGAUUCCUUGUUGAAGCCUUAGUUAUUGAAACUUUUUGUUUGUACAAGCAAGAAAAAUUUGAACAAAUUAAUCUUAUAGACAAUAAAUUUGUCGAAGAUAAAAUAAGUCAAGAUACACAAAAAAUUAUUAGUAAAGAAUUAAUUCAAGUAAAAGUAACGUAUCUCAUGUGCUGUAGUCAAAUUUUUGAACAAAAUAUUUCAUUUACUCAAAAUAUUGAUUUAAUACUGUGUAUAGACAAAGUUAAAAAUAUAUUAAAACAAGAAAUAGAAAAUACUAUACAUGAAUUAACAAUUGCUUAUAAAGAAUGUAUAAAACAAUUAAAGAAAAAAAAUAUCUACCUCUAUCAACAGUUUUCAAAGGCAUAUGAAAACAAAAUAUUAAAUAAACUACAAUCUCAAGAACAAAUUAAAAAUAUUGCUCAAACCUUGAUAGAUAUAACUAAUGAUAUUGAUAAAUUAAAACAACGUUUAAAAAAAAGGAUAAGUAAAGAAAUCGAUAAUUUCAAUUGGCCAAAAUUAUCUAUCAUAAUAACAGAUUGGGUCAGUAUCUAUAACAAAUGUUCCGAAAUUCGUAAACAAAUUAAACUAAUCACUAAUUGCGUUGAAAAUAUGAUGUGUAAGCGAUGUGAACAAUUAGAACAUAAAAUUCAAUGGCUUAAUAGUAAACAUUCUAUAGAAUUGCAAAAGCUUAGAAGUGUUCAAAAAAAAGAUCUAAUGCAUAUAAAAAAUAAAUGGGAUAAUCAUAGAAAUUCUCUCACUGUACAAUAUGAACAAGAAAUAACCAAAUUACGUGAACGAAUUAGGAAACUAGAAUAUAAAUUGAAUACAAUAGAUUCUGAACAGUCUGUCAGUGUAAAUAAGGUUCAAGCUGCAUAUCAAAGAUCAGUUAAUAUUGAUUUGGACACAGAUAUUGAAACGAGAAAACGCUAUAAAGAAGAAAUUAAACAACUUAGAGCAUUAUGUGAAAAAGGUUUAUUAGCUAUGGAAAAUUCUCAUCGACGAGUUAUUUCAGAAUUAGAGGAAAAACAUCGUCAUGAACUUGAGAAUUUACGAACAGAAAAAGAACAAGCUCUUUCAGAAGAAACUCAAGCAACAUUGGCAGCAUUAGAUGCAAUGAGAAAAGCACAUGAGCACGAAGUUCAAAAAGAAAUUGCUAAAUUCAAACAAAAAUUUAUUAAACAAGUGCAAGCACGUGAAGAUAUUGGAAUACUUCAUAAAGAACAUGAACAGGAAAUGAAAGAAAUCAAACAAGAGAUUCUUUCAUUGUCUGCUAAGUAUUCUUUGAAGUGUGUAAAAUCUGCCGUUUUAGAGGAAAAAGUCGAUACAUUAACAAAACAACUAGCUCAAGCUCAAGAAUACAUAUUGAAAUUAGAUGCUAGAAAUAAACAAUUGUGUAAACAUUUGAUUCGAAAAACAAAUGAUAAUAGUUUCAAUACUGUUCAGUUUUUAAAAAAUAGAGAUAAUGAAAUAACUGAAGAAGAAGAGAUUUAUCAAACAGAAGUUAAGAGUCAAUAACGUCUGUUACAAUAAGAUGUUCGAAGAGAAGCUGACAAUUUUCCUUUUUAAUAUAUAUUUAAUAAAAGAAUAAAUUAUUCUUUAAAAACUGUUUAUACAAAUUAUAUUUAAAAAGUUAUUAUUAAUAGAAAAAUCAGAUUAAUUAUGCCAUUAUUACACAGAUUUAAUGUGAUGCUAUUUAUUUAAAAUAAUUUUUUAAUAAAGUGCAAUAUAAAUGAAGCUACUAGGUAUAAAAGUUGAAUCACUACAUAAUGAAAAUUAACAGUGACAGAUAUAAAUA